UUGUUAAACUUUAUUCUGUGAGCAAAAAUAAAGUGUCUAUGACUUUGACAUCUUGAUUAAAAUUCUUUCUUCUGGUUGUUAGCUCUAAGCAAGAUGAGGUCUGUAACAUUGAAAGAUGUUGAACAGGAUAAGGUCGUCAAGACUGUCGCAGCCCAUUUAAAAAAGAUCGGCAAAAUAAAGGUUCCUGAACAUAUGGACUUAGUCAAAACUGGUCGUUUCAAGGAACUGGCUCCAUAUGAUCCUGACUGGUUCUAUGUCAGGUGUGCUGCUGUUCUUCGGCACAUUUACAUCAGAUCACCAGUUGGUGUGAAGACUGUGACUAAGAUAUUUGGUGGCCGCAAACGUAAUGGUGUUACACCCUCCCAUUUCUGCAGAUCUUCAGGCAGCAUUGCCCGCAAAGCACUUCAAGCCUUGGAAGCUUUAAAGCUGGUUGAGAAGAUUCAAGAUGGUGGUCGCAUUCUCACAGUUCAAGGCAGACGUGAUUUAGACAGAAUUGCUGCACAAGUUCGUCUAAAGGCAAAACAACAGGCUAAACAAAUGGUCAUUGUUUUGUAAAUAUAAUAAAAAUUUAACAAAA